AUGAGCUUCAAUCAAUACACUCUUUUUUUUUUCCACGGUCGUUUCACCACGUACAUCCAUGUGGAAGAAUGUGGAAUCAAUUCAGUACGACCAAGCGACACGACCCAUGUUGAUGUGAAACCGAUAGUGGCGGGACGGCGGGCUGGCGUCCUCACAGCCUACCGAUCCAGGAGAUGA